AUGGAAACCCGGCUUCAAGCAAAGGCCAGAGAAGCCUUUGAAAGGUAUGCUUGCUGGGACUCCGUGCUAGAUGAGCACGAGCGCGAGUUCCGCGCGCGCAUGACGUCUGAUGACGUGUUCGACGCUCCCGUCAAGACCGGCAUCCGCACGGAUCGUGCCAACUUCUGCGAAUGGUACUUUAGCGGAGACCGCGACUUGGUACUGUGGUUCGUGGAUGGGGAAGCGUGGAUUGCGGGGGUUAGGAGCUUUCCGUUGCGCAAACUGGCGUAUGGCGCCUUUGAGCACCUCCGCGAGAGCAUUGACAAGUUGGCAUUCCUGAAACCAGCUCCGUUGAACGAGCUCGACGGGCGGGUCCAAAUGGGCGAAUCGUACCUCGAGGCCACAACGGGGGUUUACCAUCAGAACUGGGAAUCACGGAAAGGAGGCAACCUACCCAUUGUCAUCCACGCCUUUGACACGUGGGCUUCCUUAACGUUCAUGAAGACCGCGCUAGACUGGUUCAUGCAGGCGCCGGGGGUUUAUCUUUGCGUGGGCCUCAAGCCAAGCAGCGCGGAAAGUACCUCCCCUUGCAUCGCCAUCGCAAGGUGGAAGGACCCUAACGUUGCCGAAGGGAUGAAAGAAACGUAUUGCGAUGGGAGCGUAGAAGCCUUACGGGUUCCGUUGAAGGCCUGCUUCGAGGGGGAGGAGCAUGUCCCCCCGUUGCUGCAAGCGCACAGCGAGAAGGACGUGACGAUCGACCUGUCGUGUCUUGCGUUACGAUACCGGAAGUGGUGUGCCAUGUGCGCAAUGUAA